GAAUAAUGGCAAAAGAUUUUCAAAAGAAAAUAGUAACUCUGAGUAUAGUGAUUCAGAAUAUAGUAAUCUAGAACUUUUAAUUUAUAAAUCUGAGAACAGUAAUGAAGAAAAAUUUAAUAAUAAGAAGAUAAAACUUAAUAAAGAAGAGAUUAGGAG